CGAGACAUAGGUGGGGCGUCCAGCCAGCGGCCACCUGAAAUCCGGGACUCCACAAGAGGAUAAGAUAGGAAGAAACAGGGAAGGAAGCCAACAAGUCGUCAGCCAUGGCGCUCUACCUCUCCACCUCCUUCCUCCCGACCUCGGGCGCCGUCGCCGUCGCGAGAAAUUCAAACCGUACCCUCCGCUCCCUCGUCCCCUCCCAGAGGAUGAGGUGCUCGAUGCGGAAGAAGGGGCUGCACCCGGAGAUUUUCGAGGACGCGAAGGUGUACUGCAACGGUGAGUUGGUGCUGGUGACGGGGGGCACGAAGCCGGAGUACUCGGUGGAUGUUUGGUCAGGGAACCACCCCUACUACGUCGGCGACUCCUCGGCGCUGGUCGUCAUGGACAGCCAGAUCGAGAAGUUCCGCAAGAAGUGGGGGCACGUCAAGGAGUACUGGACCAAGGAGCAGUGGCUUGAGAUGCACCCCGACGGCGACCCGGAGUUUGAGCCAGAGGACGACGAGACCCGCAAAUGAUGGCUCUGCCUGUCCCCUACUAUUCGUCUUCCUGCUGCGUCUCUCUUGCUGUUAACUCUCGAACUCAAUUAUGCUAGUUUGCGUGGCUUGAUUCCCCAGAUGUACCGUCUGCACGUUGAUUGAUUUGGUUCACGGGGAGCCCUCGUGGUGUUCGGGUAAUGGUCGCGACGACUCUGGUAAUACUGUUUUCCAGUAUGUGUCGACGUUGAGCUUCAUGAAAUCGGUGCUCUAAAAAGCUUGUUUUUUCAGAAA